AUGAAUCCACACGGGACAAAACGUGUAUCUAAGAAAAUAGAAUACGAAAACCACGAUGCCGUGCCACACAAUGAUGUAACGGAAGGAAAAAUAACCACAGUUUAUGAUCUAUGUGCCGAUAUUUGGCAAGAAAUCUUCGAUUAUUUUGAAGUUGUAGAAUUGUUUAACACAUUUGCCUACGUAAUUCCUUCAGCUGAUCAAGUACUGUUUAGCAGAAAUGAACAUUAUCAACUGCGUGGACUGACAAUUGAUGAUGAUACGGAACAUUUACCAGAAAAUAUGAAAUUAAGUUGUAUCAUUUCCCUUACUGUUCGCAAUAUAUAUUGUUUCGACAUUAUCCAACGGUGCAUCGAACUUCGUUCAUUAAAAUUAAUCGGUGAGGCUGAAUGGAUUACGUCUAUGAUCAUAAAGACUGAUCAAACGUGCUGCAAAUUGGAACAGCUAUCUGUUGAUAUAUCUGCGGUUGGAUCUAUUUCAGAAAUAUUAACAUGUGUUGCAUCUAUUUAUUCAUUACGUCGAUUAGAGAUUUGCGCGGAUCGUUUCGUAGAAGACGUGAAUAGCUUUUGUUCAGUUAAGAAAGCAAGCAAAAUCGAACAUCUUAUCGUCAAUUCAUGCAGUAUCUUUGAUUGGAAUCAAUUACCCCAGAUACUUCCUCGCUUUGUUGACAUGCAGCUGCUAAGUAUCAGUCUGAUUGAUGACAAUCAGAAAUCAAUUCCUUCGUUUUAUUUGCACACUGCAACAAUGACGAAUCUUUGUAAACUAAAAUUAAAUGGUCUGGUAUGCGAGGAUGGCUUUGUUAGUAAUCAAAGAUGGGCACAACUUUUGGAAUCUGCGCAGAAUUCAAUCCGUAUAUGCGUUAAUGUAUUUUUACAGCAAGAUGCACGUUCUUAUUUUGAUGAAAGAGUCAAAGUAACACUAAGGAAUUUUGGUUUGAGUCUAACGAGUAACAAUAAUGAUGCAGAUUAUUGCAUGAAUGAUGAAGAUGCAAAUUGCUGGUGGAAUUUGCGGGGCAUGAUUAGAAAACAAUGA